GAGCCAACCCAUACAAACUCAAACCCCCACGAAAACCCCUCUCUCAUCUCCGCUUCUUCCUCGCCGCCGAAACCCUAACCUAGCCGCUCGUCGCCGCCGCCGCCGCCGCCGCCCCAGCCGCCAUGUCGAACCCCAAGGGUUCGAAAAUGCUCCAGUUCGUCAACUACCGGAUGCGCGUGACCAUCCAGGACGGCCGCCAACUCGUGGGGAAGUUCAUGGCCUUCGAUCGCCACAUGAACCUCGUCCUCGGCGACUGCGAGGAGUUCCGCAAGCUCCCGCCCUCAAAAUCUUCCAAGACCACAGGCGAGCGCGAGGAGCGGAGGACGCUCGGCCUGCUCCUUCUCCGUGGCGAGGAGGUCGUCUCCAUGACCGUCGAGGGCCCGCCCCCGCCCGAUGAGUCCCGGGCCAAGGCCUCCGCUGGCGGUGGCGCCCUUUCCGGCACUGGCGUUGGUCGCGCUGCCGGCCGUGGGGUGGCCACCGGCCCGCUGCUCCAGGCGCAGCCCGGUCUCUCUGGCCCUGUUCGGGGUGUAGGCGGUCCGGCUCCUGGCAUGAUGCAGCCGCAGAUCUCGCGUCCCCCUAUGCCGAACCUCUCAGCGCCGCCGGUCGCAUACCCACAGGUCGUCCGCCCGCCCCCGAUGGGUAUGCCGUCCAUGCGACCGGGUGGCCCGCCACCAAUGCAGAUGCAGUUUCAGCGCCCACCGGGUCCCCCGCCUGCGCCAUACCCUGGGGGCCCGCCGCAGCAGUUCAUGAGGGGACCGCCACCGAUGGGGCCGCCACCAGGGAGGCCGGGGAUGCCAGGCAUGCCACCACCGCCAGGGAUGAGGCCGAUGCCACCACCGCAGUUUGGACAACCACCCAGGCAUGGAAUGCCGCCACCGCCGCCUGGUCCACAGCAGCCUGGACAGAACCCCCAGUAGUAGAAAAACCUAUCUGGUUUGGUGCUUCCAUUGAAGAUUCACCUUGAGAAGAGAUAAAAGCCUUGUCAGUGUAGCACUCUUGCUUUUGAUGGGAGGAGACGGACUGUUGUCCAGUGCGAUGUACGUAAAAGAGGCUAAAGCUUGUUUAACUGUUGGUUGUUAAGCUAGGGACAUGGAUAUACUAUUUUGUUGUGUCGGGGCCUUGUUGCUGGAUGUGCUUGCACUUGUAUUGAGAUGUUAUUUCGCUCUGUUAACUUCAGAUCAUAAAUUGCUUUGCUUGCA